UCCGCAGGGCGCCGGGCCGCACCCCCGAGCGAGCAUGGCGGGCCCCGAGGACGCGACCCCGCGGCGGGGCUGGCUGGUGCUACGCGCGCUGCUGAGGUUCGCCUUCAUGGUGGCCAACAACCUGGUGGCCAUCCCGUCCUACGUCUGCUACGUGGUCCUGCUGCAGCCGCUGCGCGUGCUGGACCGCCGGCGCUUCUGGCGCCUCGAGGGGCUCAUGUACAAGUGGCUGCUCGGCAUGGUGGCCUCCUGGGGCUGGUACGCGGGCUACACAGUGAUGGAGUGGGGCGAAGACAUUAAAGCCAUUUCUGAGGACGAAGCGAUGAUGUUGGUGAACCAUCAGGCAACUGGAGAUGUGUGCACGUUGAUGAUGUGCCUGCAGGACAAGGGACAGGUUGUUGCUCAGAUGAUGUGGCUGAUGGAUCAUAUUUUCAAAUACACAAACUUUGGAAUUGUUUCUCUGAUACAUGGUGACUUCUUUAUAAGACAGGGAAGAUCUUAUCGUGACCAACAGCUGCUCGUUCUCAAGAAGCACCUAGAGCACAAUUACAGGAGCAGAGAUCGAAAGUGGAUUGUUUUGUUUCCUGAAGGGGGCUUCCUCAGGAAGAGGAGAGAAACAAGCCAGGCAUUUGCUAAGAAGAAUAGCUUGCCAUUUCUUACACAUGUCACUUUGCCAAGGUUUGGGGCAACAAAAAUUAUUUUGAAUGCACUUGUAGCACGACAGGAAAAUGGAAGCCCAGCAGGAGGAGACACUAAAGAACCAGAAUGCAAAUCAAAAGGCCUCCAGUGGAUAAUAGAUACAACCAUAGCUUAUCCCAAAGCCGAACCAAUAGAUAUUCAAACCUGGAUCCUUGGAUACAGGAAACCAACAGUCACGCAUGUUCAUUACAGGAUUUUUCCAAUUAAAGAUGUGCCCCUGGAGACGGAUGACCUCACCAACUGGCUCUAUCAACGGUUUAUUGAAAAGGAGGACCUCCUGUCACAUUUUUAUAAAACAGGGGCCUUUCCUCCUUCCCAGGGCCAGAAGGAAGCUGUUUCCAGGGAGAUGACCCUCAGCAACAUGUGGAUAUUCCUCAUUCAAUGCUUCGCAUUUUUGUCAGGCUACAUGUGGUACAGCAUCAUUCAGUAUUUUUACCAUUGCCUAUUUUAGGAACUGACUUGGACUUGUCACCAUAGGAGUUCAGACUUUCAUAUGUGUGCGUUCUUUUACAUGUGCAAAUCAAAAUGUAUAAAAAGCAGCGGAAAUUCAAUGGAUGGAUUCAUGUUUAUCCCCCUUUGGGAUAUUUUAAAACUCUGCUAUGAUGAGGAUCAGUAAUACAAUAAUGUGCUAAUAUAUUUUAAGAACUUUUCAUGUUUUAAAGAGAUACCCUCUACCAUAUAUUUAAGCAAACAUCACCCUUGGAGAAGAGGAAAUCCUAAAAUCAUCCUAGAAGACUGAAAGAACUGUUGCCACCAGAUGCACGUGGGCACCGAGUUCUGGCUCUGCCAUGCCCCUCCCUUCUAGCUGGUUGUCAGUGUUAGGGCAAAGCUCCGCAGAGCCCUCGUGUCACUCAUCCUGCUGCGGUACUAGUAGCCUGGGGAGCUGGCGGGCACGACCCGAGGAGCGGUUUCCUUGUCUAGUGAGCGGCAGUUCUCAACCCAGGUUGAGGCGCAGUGUUGGCAUUCUCUGAGGAAGCCAUGUCCACCAAGCACCUGACGUCACUGUGCUCCUUCAGAGGCUAGCUCCAUCCAGCACCAUGUUUACAUGCGACAGUGCUUUUCCUUCAGUUGAGGGGGAACACACCCACUUUCUCCUUUUGUAUAGAAGGCAUAUCAUAGAAUAAUAAUUGUGUUUUACAAAAUGCGCUUUUAUCAGAUGCAGACGUAGCAAAGGUAGGAACAUAGCCUGAAACAGAGGGAAGCCUCAUCUGUGAGCCCCAGGAGGCUUUCCUGUCCACACGCUUGCCCAUGAUGCUCUCCGGCACCACCCUCAUUGGUCACCUCUGUGACCCCAGGACCCUGUUGGUAGCUGGAUGCCCCCCUCCCCCAUUUUCACAGAGUAGCACCAAAUACAUUUUGGAGUGGUUAAAGCAAAUUAAAACAUACAAAUGAUCACUUUAAAGGGAAAUAGGCUAGUAUUUUAGGGAAAUAAGAGGUAGAGCCAGACCUUGGCUUGCAAUAUUGAAAAGGCCUCCUAUGACCCCCCCCUUCCCCGCCGAAUCUGCAGACAUCAGGGAGUCCUGUCGUUACAUCAAGCAGCUGCCCCUCUCAGGGUGGCAGAACCAGGAGACAGCAUCGCAGAAGGCUUCCAGUCUCUUCCAGUUGUUUUUGAAGAAGGCAAAGUUAAGUUUCUAUUAUUUCUAGAAAACUUUUUUUUUUAUUUGUCACUUUGUUCAUGUGAUUUACCUCAUAGGAAAACCAAACUCUGCAUAAAGUGUGGGCACUGUGUCAAUGUUGGUCCAAGGUGGUUUUGGUCAGGAGGAUUGUAAGACCCCUAAGACCCACUAAGCACUAAGCGUUAGUCCGUGGCAGCUUUCUGUGACAUAAGCUCUGUAGAUUCUCCUGUUGUCAUUACACACAAAUAACAAUUUUGAGAAGUAGGUUGUAAAGCAAAAAUAAUGAUUGUUUUCUGUUUUCAAAUAAACCAAAAAAAUGGAAAAGAUGCUAAUUUUCUCCCAGUUGUGUGGGAAAGAUCGAGCAACACCAAAUAAAAGCCCAUAGUAGCUUCAUCUCUGAGGUGGCUAGAGCAUGUGUGACAGACAGCAUGUGUCAAGUUACUUGAAAUACCUCACUGAGGAGUGCACCACUGCUGUUGAACUGCAGAGUGUGCCUGUUUUGCUAGCAGUUCUUAUAAAACACACCUUCUGUGAACCUAAGCGUUUCACUCUGUGCUACAGUGACAGUGAAUAGUUGAAAUCAGUGUCACUUUGGAGAUGAUAGGAAGCCAGAGAGGUUGUUUGGUGCCCCUGUUUGAGGCCUAGGAGAAACUACUCAGUUGCAGGGUGUAUUGACUUGACUGUGACAUUAGUUGGCCAUCCAGGGGAGAAGCUGCUCACUGUCAAGUACAGCAUGUACAGUACUCGCUAGCAAACUGUUUCCUCAUUGCAAAGCAAGCCACAAACACACACACACACACACACACACACACACACACACACACACAGAGACGUGUGUCGCUGGGCCACUUUCGCCAUUAUUGUGCUCCAAAGGAAUACGACAGUUCAGUAUACUGUACACAUUAAACACUCUCUCCUGAAAGAUGCUUUACUUUUCAAACACAGUAUUAGGUUAGGGUCAGUGUCUCUAGCGUGACAGACACCUAUGGAUUUGUGAGUUGACUCUGGUAAUAGAUACAAGUUGUAAGUAGUUGUGUCUCUGAUCUGUCCUACCUGUCUUUGUUUCUUUUGACUUGCUAUCUCCUGUCUGAAAACAUGUUUGCUUGGGAGCACUGGCAGUGCUUCCUUACCAGCACCUGGAGUCCACCUGCUCAUACCUGGGGAUGUAGAGAGAACCCUGUUCUUUUAUGGAGAUCUUGGGAUGCAGCAAUAUGCUACGGUAUAGAAUUGAAUAAAAUGUCCUAUUUGUGCUUUCUGUGUAGAGUGAGAUGAAAGGAAGCCAAUACAAGUAGUCAACAAAUCCAUGCCAGUUCUUUAGCAGUGACUCUUUAGAAUCUCAGCACUUCUUGCUCUCGACUGGACUGCGUAGCUUCCUGUUGUGUACAGGGUGGGCAACUCAUCUCUGGGGUCCUGCUGUCAACAAAUCACAGGGAUGGGGUGUCUGCUUGGCCACAAGCAGGUUCACAGACUACAAAUGUGGACCAAGAAGCAGCUUCCUCUCCCUUCAGAAAGGACUGAUGUUGACAUGUACACAUAUGACAGAGAAACUGUAAGGGACGCAGCAUGAGGGAAAGUGAGAAAAUGAAACUGUGAGUGGACAGUUGGGAACUUAGUAGACAGUUUAGAAAAGAGUUCAGAUGUCAUAGUAUCACAUAGUUUUUGGUAUCCCAACUCAUAAUUUUCUACAGUAAAGAAACUGGGAAUUACUGAAUGAUUAGUCAAUUACUGGGUAGUUAAUUCAGUAGUAAGUCAUAGGGAAACCAAAAAUUAAAGCUCUGUGUAGGAGUUUGAAUUUUUGCUUUUGUCAAAAUUUUUUCCUUCUAAGGAUGCUUACGAUUUUAAAAAGUGAUUUUCAUUGUUUGACUAAUUAGUUUUUGCCUGUGUAUUGAUGACUGUUAAUAAGUAGUGAGUGCCAUGGAAAGGAGGGUAGCCAGCAGGAAGAGAAAGUGCUGGACUGCAUUGCCGAGGAGCCAGCACCCCUGAGCGGUGUGCAGUUGGCAGACUGACGCCAUUCUGAAGGGGAAAGCUUACGUUGCCCUCAGUUCUAGAGCUGCUGUCUGGACGGAUCUUGGGAAUGCCACUUGGUGUGUGGCCAUGUCGCUCCCUUCUUCUCAUGGAUUUGUCUUAGUAAUGUGUUUUGACAAUCACCUCCUUAAAGACCCUUGGUGACUCUUGGUCCUGGUUGUAGUCACAGAAAGCAGUCUCUGGUCGCAGUGUUCUUCUGUUCUUUCAGACCUAAAAAGAUGUUUUAUUUGCACUACUGAAUGGGAAGAGUUAACUGAUCUUUUGUGGUUUUUCAUUCUUUUCUUUGAAGUCACUACACAGUAAUGAACACAGGACUCACUCCAGAGCUAUUACAAAAAACUAUGUUUGCUCUGGUCCACAAAAGAUGGAUAAUAAUGGUUUGCUGUGUGGGAUUUUGCUCUGCAAGUACUACAAACUUCGCAUCUGCCAGCAGGCAGGGCAAAGUCAGAAGGAGCACUGGGCAAAACAGGAAAACUAGUUCAUUUCAUAAGCCGUAGAGACUAAUAGUUUGGGACCAAAACCACCUAAGGUGGAGAUUUCUGGAUCACAAAAGGGCCUGGCAUCCUCAGGAGCAUCACUGGUUGGUGCUGCGUUGUGAUCAUUUUGCACCAAUUCCCAGUAAUUAGGAAGUGGGCUCUGGGAAUGUGUUGUAGGUGCUGAACUGUUGGGGGAGAGUGACCGUGGCCAUACAGAAAAUAAAAUGUGGGAUAUUCUGCAAAAUUUCCAUCUGAGGAUUUUUACAUUUAAUAUUUUUUUAAAACAGUCUAAAGAGCAAAAAAAAAAAUUAAGUGUAUUCUAGUUGCAAAGUAUGCAAACAUUUUGAAUGGCUUUAUUUUUAUCGUGUAAAACUGUUGAACACAUGACUCUGGUGCACAAAUUCUUUACAUGGAAGGAUUCUAUGCAUUUUACAGUAACGUAUCAUAUGACUGAGUAAUGAGACAGUUAUACAUCCACCUGCCAUUGUUUUUGUUAAGCGCUUUCACUUUCUUUAAUUAUUAUACAGUUGUAUUUAUUUUGUACGGACGGGUUUUUGUUUCCCUGAUGCUGUAACGUUUACUUCAGCUUGUUGAGCGUUCUUGUGAUCUGCAUGUGGUAGUGUGUGGAAAGAAUGAAUGUAAAGGCGUGACAAAUGUCACUCACUUCUGUAAAGGGCUGGUCACAUGUGGCUCUGGUUUCUGAAUGCACUGGGGAUGGUUUUACCAGAUCACCUGUUCAGAAAUUUAGAUGUUGUGAACACCAAAAGAAGCAUUUUCUCAGCAAAAAAUUAA